AAAAAAAUCAGUAUGCCUCAAAACAGGUUUCUCUUGUAAUCCUCCUCUUCACUAGUACCCCAAACUCCGUCUCGGAUGCUGCUGAGCUCCAACGACAUAAAUGCUGAAAAUGAUUAAACGUGGUAUUGCUCUUGGUGAUAGGAUUCAUCAGGCAAUCAUUUACUCAUCCUUACGCAGACAAUGUUGCUUUACCAUCUUUGCAAAAUCAAUUUCUAGUUCCAGUUCUGAUCCAUUGCAAAAGUUGAAUCAUAAAGACUGGUUAGCUCCAAAUGAAGUCUUGAAAAUCUUCAAUACCAUUAGAGAUCCUGAUUCACUUAUAAACGCCUUGGAAAGAGUCUCACACCGCAAAGAUUACAAACCUAAUGAAACACUUUUCACUCUGGUGAUUACGAAGCUUUCUCAAUCUAAGAAUUUCGAUGCAAUUAAUGAUAUUAUGAAGAGAAUCAAAACUGAAGAAAAGAGUCGGUGUAAGCUCUCAGAUGAUUUCUUUUACUUUGUUAUUAAGAUUUAUGGAAAUGUUGGUGGGUAUGUUGAGGAAGCUGUUAGGACUCUCUUCGCGAUGCCGGAUUACCAUUGUUGGCCGUCUACUAGAACUUUCAAUUUUGUGCUUAACUUGCUUGUUUCUUCGAGACGGUACAAAAUUAUUCAUGAAGUUUGCUUGGGUGCUGCUAAAUUGGGAGUGGUUGUUGAUACUUGUUCUUUUAAUAUACUCAUCAAAGGUUUAUGUAAAAAUGAUGAUGUGAAAGAAGCUUGUGAAUUGCUCAAUGAGUUCCCUAAACAAGAUUGUCAGCCAAAUGCGGUAACAUACUCCACUUUGAUGCAUUGUUUAUGCAGAAAUGGAAGAAUAAAUGAAGCAUUUAAGUUGUUGGAAAGAAUGGAAAAUGAUGGUUGUGAUCCGGAUGCAAUUACAUUCAAUGUAUUGAUCUCUGGACUAGGGAAGCAAGGGAGAGUGGAGGAGGGGAUUGAACUUUUGGAUAGAAUGAAGAUGAAUGGGUGUAAACCAAAUUCGGGGUCGUAUCAAGUUGUUCUAUACAGCAUAAUUGAUUCCAAGAAGUUUGUUGAUGCUAAGCGUUUCAUGGAUAGGAUGAUGUCAGAGGGAUUUUCGCCCAGUUUUUUGUCGUACAAGACGGUGAUAGAGGGACUCUGCAAGGAGAACCGUUUAGGAGAUGUGGAUUUUGUUUUGAAUCAGAUGAUGCACCAAGGAUUUGUUCCGAAGAUGGGAACAUGGAAAAAGAUUGUCGAAAGCAUUUUUCAAGGAAGGGAAGAACUCGGUAGCCGUAAUGGAAUAUGUCUGUGAGUUUUUGCAUUUAAAUCUUUCUCCUGUCGUUAAGAACUCGGGACUAAGCUGGUAUAGAAAUUUGGGGGGAUAUGCAAAUUGUCGCCGAGAAGCUUCAUUUUUUAACCACUGAUAGGGACUGCUGGUAAAUCUCUUGUACUGGUAACUCUUGAGUGAGAAUUUGUCACUCGCUGCUAAUGUGGCUCAAGAAGACCCCUCCAUGUGGUUGGUGAAUUUUAAGCUCAAUCAUCUUUUUUGUUUCGACUUAAGAGUCUUGCCCAGAAUCAUAUGUUGUUGUCUUUCUGACUAGCCUUGCGGCAGAGAGCUCUAAAUUGGUAUUCUUAUAUCAAAUAUUUUGGAGGCGCAACAUGGCCAAGGAAGAUAGGUGAUACCAUAAUUCACUUUGAAUUGGAUUAAUAGGGUAAGAACAAUGAUAAACUAAAACUUCCUGGAGGUGGGAGGUAAUGAAGCAGAUCAAUAUCAUUUCAGUGUUUUUUUCUACCCAAGAAUUUGGAUAAAUAGAGUAGCAAGUGUUGAUGUGCUUUUUCUUUCCCUGAUGAACAAUAGUAUAUAUAGCACCAAAAGGCUUUCAGGAGAACCAGAUUAUUUUCUGUUGAGCAUAGUGUGCCUGCAGCAUGGCAGCUUUUAAGACAUGAUGUCUAUUUGUACCGAAGCCAGAGUCCUUUUGCAUCUUCCAUAUACCUACCAUUCCAGAAGAGAUACCAUGCGUCAUAAGACAAAGACUCUUAUCAAGUUCUACCAAGAACGUAUUGUAGUUGCCGCAACACUGUGCCUUUUGAUGAUCAGGUUCAGGAAUCAAUUUUAACCUCUUAGCUGCAACAUCGAAACACAAAAUGUUUUCGGAAGCGAGCCAAUAUAUAGAUCCUUCAACAAACACUGGUUCCAGAUGCUCAUCGGGGUCCCCUAAAUCUGGGCAAGGAAAGCUGGGUUGGUGUUGGAUUUUUCUCCAUGAUAUGGUUGUACCUAACUCUAAGACCUCACAUUCCAAUGAAGAGUUGGAAAAACACAGUUCCAAUUGAACCACUUUGUAUACAUUCAUUUUAGCGUCCAAACCAAAUCCACAUGCGCUUGCCUCCUCAUCUUCUUCUUCAAUCCAAGGUUUCGGAAGCUCUAGUAUUUCUCUGGUGAUUGGGUUCACCAUAAGCAAAGGAAACUCCGUAUGAAAACACAGCAAGCCGUUGCAGGAAGUCAGUUUUGAUAUCCCAUCGGAAGACUGGAAGAUGUUUUACAAUACUGGAAUCUCUCAAGAUAAAAGGUUCAUGAUGAUCACUUUGGUUUAUUUUGCAUAUUUUGAUGGGAUGACCUAACUGAGAAUUCAUCUUUGAAAGAGUUUGAUAUCUCUCCUGCAGGACUAUACUUAUAGCCCGUUCGGUUGGGAGAAUUGGAAACCUAAGAAUUCAAUUAUGGGAUAAUCCAAUUCUUGAAAUUGGAUUCCAAGGAAUGCAAAUCAAAUCCUAAAAAUUCAAGUUCGGUUGAGAUAAUUCAAUUAUCUUUGUUUUUACUUCGGAAUCCAAUUCCAUUGCACUAGUGGACCAAUCUAUUUCGGAGGGAAUUUGAUUCAUAGGAAUCAAAAUUCUUAAUUACAAAAAGUUCAUUUGCACCGUUCGGUUCAAGAAUUUGGCUGCAUUCCCUAGGAAUUGGAUUCCCCGGAAUCCAAUUCCUUGAAACGAACAUGUUGUUAGUGCUGAUUACUUAGCUUAAGCCAGUUGAUAAAGCAGGGCUUAUAUAGACAUGGGGAAAGAAAUUAAUUUUUGCUUUCGAUGUUGGAUGAAUUGAUUGCGUGUUGAAAAAAUGGACAAUUGUUUUUCCUUUU